GCACAUGUGUACCCCAUUGCUGGGUCCUGAGGAGCCCAGUGAGUGACAGCCAUACUGAGGACACUGAUAGGGGUGAGAGGCACAAUUCUUCCACUCACCAAUCCAAUCAAUGUUUAGGGGAAAGGAGGGGAAUUUUUCUGAGAGCCGCAGGGUGACGUCACAGGUGGCUGGCUGGAGGCUUGUGUCCACGGUUCUGUCUGCCCCCACCCUCUGGAUGCACCUCUACUGGCUGAGGGUGACACAACCCUGUCCCCUGUCACUCUUCCCGCUUAUCUCUCCCGCCUGUUCGGCGCCACUAUCUUCUUGGAAAUGAGUCAGGGCAAAGGGGAGGGGGCUCAGGUGACCCUCCUCCCACUGGUCCCAUAAAAAGGGCUGGGAUUGGCUCCUAGACACCCAAGUGGCUCCUAGAACACAAGUCCUUAGACUGCACAGCAGGACAGAAGGCAUGAUGGCACUGAGCACUCGGACCCAGGCUGCCUGUCUCCUGCUUCUUCUCCUUGCCAGCCUGAGCAGCAGCACCUAUCUCCAGCAACAGAUGAGACAGACUACAGAGCUGCAGCCUUUGCACAAGGCAGAAAGCAGGACCGACAGUGCGCUCCUGAUGCAGAAGCGAAGGAAGCGAGACACCAACUUCCCCAUCUGCAUCUUCUGCUGUAAAUGCUGUAACAACCCCUCCUGUGGGAUCUGUUGCAAAACAUAGAGAGCCUAGAGCCACGUCCUGACCUCUCAACACCCCUGCCUCUCCUCGGCCCCUUUUUAUUUAUUCCUGCCCUCCCCCAGCAAUGUCCUUGAAAUUAAAGAUGAUAAUUUUAUUUUCAAACUA